GGCAGACAAAACCCAGAUGAUGGCUGACACGAACAACAAGCCCAUUCAACCUUGGCAAAUUCUGUUCUUUUUCCGCCCAGCGUUCGUGUGUAAAACUUGCUAAUGGCCAAGUCUAAACAGACUGCGGAGGACCGUCUCCGCAAAUUCCAUGAGGCUGUUCUGGAGUCUCAGUCCUUUUUUGGCUCGAAAGAAUUGGAAAAGAUGGCCGAGAAAGCAGGCUACAGAGCAAUGCAAGCAAAAGACGCUAUAAAAGAGUUGCUUGACGAAAACAUGGUCAAAACAGACAAAAUAGGAUCAUCCUCCGUUUUUUGGGAGCUGAAGAGCGAAGCUACGGCGCAAAGGCUGUUGACCUUGGAGAAACUGAUGAAACAGAAAACGAAUUUGGAGAGUGCCUUAAACUCUCUGAGGAAAACCUUUGCUGAUACGAAAAGCGUGUCUCCAGAAGAAGUCCUUCGAGCAGAAAAGAUAUUGCGGCAGCUCUCCGAACUCAAACGACAGGUGUCUGAGGCGGUAGCUAACGAUCCAGAGAAGAUCCAGACGAUGAUACAGGAGAACGCGUACGCACGGGACGCGCUUGUCCGAUGGACUGAUAAUAUCUGUUGCCUCAGGCAAUUUAUGAAGCAGAGCUUCGGAGUGUCUGCGGACGAGGUCGACAGACGAUGUGGCAUACCACCCGAUCUCGAGGACAUGCGGAAAUUCGACCUCUGACGGGAAGGCGCUGCCAUUGUUGCUUUGAAGCGCUGGAUUCCGGGCGUUUGCUGUUGUGGUUUUUUGUGCACACACGUGCACUAUCUACUGCGUAGAUGUCUCCCACGGGGGCGACUACGUGAACCCCCCCUUCUGAAAUUUCUACGCCCACGAGCGUUUUAACACCCUGGGCGUCUCUAUCAAGUAAGGCAUACACCUUAUAAAGGUUGUGCAUCCAGGGCGAAGGCACCUGGUCGCCGGCGCUAGGGUUGCACUGGUUUAUAGUGGCAAGCUGUGACGUCGUUGUUCGGGAAGAUGGACAGCGUAUCGACAGCGUUAGGUGGUUUGCGACCUGCCUAUACAGCAAAAACGAGUGCAUGUGUCUGCAAGAGGGUAGCAGCUCAUAGCAGAUCGCCCUAUCUGUGCAUUUCACAGAAGUCCUUGACAGUAUGUAGCUGCCGGUUGCACAGAUCGCAGAAGCUAGUCGUCAGCCUGCGUCGCGGCCGAUUCAGAGAUUCCAUUGAAGGCGCUGACUAAAUGUUUCAGUCAGGCAUACGUUCCACAUACAAUGUGUCACCCUGGUGACAGACUGAUCACGGAACGAGGAUGCAGACGUGCUAGCAUU